UAGAAGAACGAAGCGGUUCCGGCUCCUGGGCCAACGCGGGACAUCCAAGUCCAUCCCGGAACUAUGGAGAUGGGACUCCCUACGACCACUUGGCCAGCAGAGACCUUGGUUCUCACGACAAUCUUUCUCCUCCCUUCGUUAACUCCCGAAUACAAAGUAAAACGGAACGAGGGUCCUACUCGUCCUAUGGAAGAGACUCCAAUCUACAAGGUUGCCACCAGCAAAGUCUUCUCGGCGCCGAGAUGGAGAUGGGCACCGCCACCGCGCUGUCCCCCACCAAGCCCGGCUCCCAGUACUACCAGUACUCCAGCAAUAACCCCCGCCGGCGGCCUCUCCACGGCACCUCCAUGGAAGUCCAAACAAAGAAAGUUCGGAAAGUUCCUCCGGGUUUGCCAUCUUCUGUCUACGCUCCGUCGGGCAGCACUGCCGACUACAACCGCGACUCGCCGGGGUAUCCGUCCUCCAAACCAGCAGCCGGCACCUUCCCCACCUCCUUCUUCAUGCAAGAUGGACAUCCCAGCAGCGACCCGUGGAGCUCCUCCAGCGGGAUGAACCAACCGGGCUACGGCGCCAUGUUGGGCAACUCUUCUCACAUCCCACAGUCCAGCAGCUACUGCAGCCUCCACCCCCACGAGCGCCUGAGUUACCCGUCCCACUCCUCGGCCGACAUCAACUCCAGUCUUCCUCCGAUGUCCACCUUCCACCGCGGUGGCUCCGCCCACUACAGCGCAGCGUCCUGCACGCCGCCCGCCAACGGCACCGACGCCAUCAUGGGCGGCCGAGGGGGCGGAGCCGGCGCUUCGCAGACCGGAGACGCGUUGGGCAAAGCUCUCGCCUCUAUCUACUCUCCAGACCACACCACCACCAGCUUCCCAUCAAAUCCUUCAACUCCUGUCGGUUCUCCCCCUUCUCUCGCAGCAGGCCCCGCUGGGUGGUCUCGCGGUGGAGGUCCAGCGGCGUCAUCUCCUAAUUAUGAAGGUCCUUUACACUCCUUGCAAAGCCGCAUCGAGGACCGUUUGGAGCGCUUGGACGACGCCAUCCACGUUCUGCGCAACCACGCGGUGGGGCACGGCGACGGCCACGCCCUCAUGGCGCCCACCGCCAACGGCGCCAUGGGCGGCCUCGGCGCCGCCUACGGGCCCGCGCUCCUCGCCAACCGCCACGGCCUCAUGGUGGGGUCUCACCGGGAGGACGGUGUCCCCCUGCGCGGGAGCCACGCGGUGGCGCCCAACGCCGUCUCGGGGCCGCAGUGUCCCCUCCCGACGGCCGCCUCGCCCGACAUCAACCCCCCCCAGGACCCCUUCCGAGGGCUGGGCGCGGGGCUCCCAGCGUCGUCGUCGGGAAGCUCCGAGAUCAAAUCGGACGACGAAGGAGAUGAGAACCUUCAGGACCCCAAAUCCACGGAGGAGAAGAAGCUGGAGGAGGACAAGAAGGAGCUCAAAUCCAUUACUAGGUCAAGAUCUAGCAAUAACGACGAUGAGGAUCUGACCCCGGAGCAGAAGGCGGAGCGGGAGAAGGAGCGGCGCAUGGCGAACAACGCCCGCGAGCGCCUCCGCGUCCGCGACAUCAACGAAGCCUUCAAAGAGUUGGGGCGGAUGGUGCAGCUCCACCUCAAGAGCGACAAACCCCAGACCAAGCUCCUCAUCCUCCACCAGGCCGUGGCCGUCAUCCUCAGCCUCGAGCAGCAGGUCCGAGAACGCAACCUGAACCCGAAAGCCGCGUGUCUCAAACGGAGAGAAGAAGAGAAGGUCUCCUCAGAUCCUCCACCGCUCUCGCUGGCGGGACCUCACCCCGGCAUGGGAGACGCCUCCAACCACAUGGGACAGAUGUAGAGAGAGGAGGGCCGUGGUGACCCCUUGGUGGUGGCAACGGAGAUGUCCACUUCCUCCUCUCCUCCUCCUCCUCUCCUCCUCCUCCCCUGGAAGAUGGGACAGCGGCCGCGGUGGCCAAAGAGGUCCUCCCAGACCUCCCCUGGAGGACAAAGCGGAGGUUUUUUUUGUUGUGCCUCAAAAGUUCUUCUUUGGUUUUUUUUUUGGGGGUUUAUUUUGGAGUUUUUUUUUUUUUUUUCUUUCAUUUUUGGGGGAAAAAAAAAACCACAAAAAAAACUGAAAAUAAAACCCCAAAAUGAGAAGAAAACGGUGGAGAAAAAACAAAAAAGAAUGGAAUUGAGGGCGACCGCGAUGAGAAAAUGGACCUCAAACUCCAAAGGAGUGGCGAAAAACCACCCCCGGAACGGCCGGCGUCGCCGGGGGUCCUCAGGAGG